GCCUCGCCUCUCAAUGGGUAAACCGGACGUUUCUUCGUGGACCCACUCUACCCGGUGUUAAAAGUUUUGGUCUUGACUUGUGUUCCUUAGUUCCACGUGGCACCCUGGUCUACAAAACGGGGAUUGACUGAUAUAUACCAAUGGCGGGAAUGGCCCUAUUUCCCCAGGAAAGCAAUCAUCUAAUAAAUUUGGUGUCCUAACUAUAUGCAGUAUUCGAUCGACAGUUGCUACUAGGCGGUCCUUAUGAUGGAUGGAGUGAAAGAUGGAGUGAAGGGAAACCCCUCACUUCGUAGCAGGCGACUUCGCAGAUCUUGACUCAAGUGACGUAUUUGCAUGCGCAUACUUACAUCUCUACGACUUUUCUCCCUGUAUAUAUGCCAGGCUUCCCGUUGACCUUUCGAGUGCCAAAUCAAUUUCACUCCAGAUAAAAAGAAAUACAUAUUUACUAGAAGAGAUUUUAUUUAUGUCUUGCGGUAUGGGUAUUUCUUGGGAUUAUCAGUACGAAGCUAACAGGUACGAUGAAUUGACGGUACCAAUGCCCACGAUGCUAGGGUAUAGCUUUGACUGUGGACUGAACCUCACUGACGAGUUCGAUCCUUGUUGUUCCGUCUCACCCUUCUCAAGCAGUAGCUCAAGCCAAGCCGUCGCCAACUGUGGUAAUGACUUGCCUGUGGAGUUUUACCGACUUCAGACUGCCUAUUUCAGAGCUCAACUUGCCUUGUCUCACGAAGCACAGCAGAAGGCCGAGAUUCAAGUCCAGGCUCUGCAGCCCGCGCUCAGUUUUGAUAACUCCCGUUAUACUGGGUUCCCGUUUGGUGCAUCUAAACUUCCAGAGUGGGAUUGUCCUGCGACUCGUCUCGCACCCUGUCCUGAUGAGAUCAGUCAAGAUUGGGGACAAUCCGCGCAACUGAUUCCCCAACCACUCGCUUCAAUGAAUGAGCCCAUCAUGAACACGAAGAGUCCAGCCAGCAGAAAAACAGGCAACGAGACUCCCGAACGCUCCAAGUCCAUACAGAAAAAGCGUGGUCUGGAUGGUGUGCCGCUCUAUACCCCGGGAGGGUGUGACGCAGAAGCUGCUGUCCUGGAGCUACAGAAUAUGGAAAAUGGGUUCAGGGCCGAGACAUCACGGCGAAUCGCCCAGGCGAGCUCCAGUCAGAUGAAACGAUAAUCCUCUUCGUCGGCAGCCUAUAUUUUCAUCAUGAACAGCCCCUUGGAGGUUUCGCUAUGCGACGAUCUGCAUUCAACACUUGUACCAGUGUUGGGUUAGCAGGAUGACGCUAGCAGUACGACGCUGGCACCCUACUUCCACUUCAGCCAGCACUCACCUUAGAGUAACCUUCUAGAUAGUAACAACUUCACUCAACCAGAUAGUCAAUUCAGGUCUCUGCGUAUUACACACA